UUCAGCUUACUUACCAGACCCUCCUUUACAAUAAAAUAAGCACUACCUCUGCUACUUCCCCACCUAUACUUUCCCCUCCAACCUUCAAAUUCUGCAUUUUCUUGCACCCUUUACCUUACAUUUUUCUGGGUAUUCAAUCAAAAUCCAAGCUUUAUCUUAAAAAGACCACAUUCCUCUGUAUGUUAUUACAGUGCUGAGGAGGUUAAAAAUGGGUAAGAAAAGCUGGAUUUUGUGGGUUGUGACUCUGCUGCUAUGUUGGAGCAAGAUUGCAAUGGCUAAAAAGCACAUGAAGUACAAGGACCCAAAACAACCAGUUGAGGUUAGAGUAAAAGAUCUUCUCGGUAGAAUGACUCUUGCAGAAAAGAUUGGUCAGAUGACUCAGAUUGAUAGGUCUAGUGCUACAAUCAAAAUCAUGAAAGAUUACUAUAUUGGGAGUGUAUUAAGUGGUGGGGGAAGUGAGCCACUUCCGAAAGCUACUGCUGCAGAUUGGGUUAAUAUGGUGAAUGACUACCAAAAUGGUUCUAUGUCAACUCGCCUUGGGAUUCCUAUGAUAUAUGGGAUUGAUGCCAUUCAUGGACACAACAAUGUUUUCAAUGCCACCAUAUUUCCACAUAAUGUUGGGCUUGGAGCUGCUAGGGACCCUGAACUCAUGCGAAGGAUUGGUGCUGCUACUGCUCUUGAAGUCAGAGCUACAGGGAUUCCUUAUGCAUUUGCUCCUUGCAUCGCUGUUUGCAGAGAUCCUAGGUGGGGCCGCUGUUAUGAAAGUUAUAGUGAAGAUCCCAAGAUUGUUCAAGAAAUGACAGAUAUUAUAAUUGGGUUACAAGGCGAAAUUCCUAAUGAAUCGAGGAAGGGCAUACCUUAUGUUGCUGGAAAGAAUAAGGUGGCUGCUUGUGCAAAGCACUUUGUUGGCGAUGGGGGCACAACUAAGGGUAUUAAUGAGAAUAACACCGUGACUAACAUGCAUGAGUUACUAAGUAUCCACAUGCCCGCCUACGACGACUCAAUUAUCAAAGGUGUUGCUACAGUAAUGGCUUCUUAUUCUAGCUGGAAUGGCCAAAAGAUGCAUGCAAACCAUGAACUAGUUACCACUUUUCUCAAGGGUACACUCAAGUUCAAGGGUUUUGUCAUUUCAGAUUGGGAAGGUAUUGACAGGAUUACCUCUCCACCUCAUGCCAACUACACUUAUUCAGUUGAGAGUAGCAUUCUAGCUGGAAUAGACAUGGUUAUGGUCCCAUAUAAUUUCACCGAGUUUAUCAAUGAUCUCACUUACCUUGUCAAGAACAAUUUUAUCCCAAUGGCUCGUAUUGAUGAUGCAGUGGAGAGGAUUUUGUUAGUUAAAUUUACCAUGGGACUUUUUGAGAACCCCUACACUGAUUUCAGCCUUAUCAAAGAGGUCGGGAGCCAGGAACACAGGAACUUAGCAAGGGAAGCUGUGCGGAAAUCUCUCGUACUGCUGAAGAAUGGGAAAACUGCUAAUGACUCAUUGCUACCUCUUCCUAAGAAAGCGUCUAAAAUUUUGGUCGCUGGUAGCCACGCUGAUAACUUAGGUUUUCAAUGUGGCGGAUGGACUAUUGCGUGGCAGGGGUUUAGUGGUAAUGACGAUACAGGAGGGACUACCAUCCUUGGUGCAAUAAAGUCUGCAGUAGAUGCAGGAACAGAAGUCACCUAUGUUGAGAAUCCCGACAGCAAGUAUGCUAGUUCCGGUGGCUUUGACUAUGCUAUUGUGGUUGUUGGCGAGCAUCCUUAUGCUGAGACGGCAGGAGACAGUCCUACUCUCACAAUAGCAGAUCCUGGGCCUGAUGUCAUUAACCAUGUUUGCCCGUCCGUGAAGUGUGUUGUAAUCAUCAUAUCUGGUCGACCGCUCGUGAUUGAACCAUAUCUACCGUCAAUUGAUGCACUUGUAGCAGCCUGGUUACCUGGUAGUGAAGGACAAGGUAUCACUGAUCUUCUUUUUGGGGACUAUGGAUUUACUGGAAAGCUUCCAAGAACAUGGUUCAAAACUGUAGAUCAACUUCCAAUGAACGUCGGUGACCCCCACUAUGAUCCACUGUUUCCUUUUGGAUUUGGGCUCAACACAUCUAAGUCAACAGUGGCAAGGUCCGUAUCGUCAGGUGCUGCUGGAAAGCCAUAUGUCUUUGGGAUUAUGGUUUCUGUAUUUAUUGGUUUGUGGAGUAUAGGCAGAGCAUUCCAUUGACUUGAAACAACAAAUUUAUUAGACUAGAAGGAUUAGAAAGAACAUUUCUUCAGUAGCUCUGUAGUCUUCUAUUUCUCUCCAAGUAUGCAGAAUUAUAUCUCUAAAAAAGAGAAUAAUAGUCUCUCUACCUCCACAAGGUAGGGGUAAGGUAUGCGUACACACUACCCUCCCCAGACCCCACUAUGUGGGAUUAUACUGGGUAUGUUGUUGUUGUUGAAAAAGAGAAGAAUAACUAGUUAUGAUUAAAUAGAGAUGUAUGUAGCAGCAUGAGCAACUCAUUUGUAGAUGGCUUCACUGUCUUUGUAUUCCAGGAGGUGGACAUAGUUGUCCCAAUCCUACAUGUAUUUACCCUUUUGACAUUAGUUUAAAAGAAAAGAAAAAACUAUUGUUGAGUGUUA